GCAGACGCGCUGGCCAUGCUCCUGGACGCGGGGCCGCAGUUCCCGGCCAUCGGGGUGGGCAGCUUCGCGCGCCACCAUCACCACUCGGCCGCCGCGGCGGCGGCGGCGGCCGCGGAGAUGCAGGACCGCGAACUGAGCCUGGCGGCGGCGCAGAACGGCUUCGUGGACUCGGCGGCCGCGCACAUGGGCGCCUUCAAGCUCAACCCGGGCGCGCACGAGUUGUCCCCCGGCCAGAGCUCGGCGUUCACGUCGCAGGGCCCCGGCGCCUACCCCGGCUCCGCCGCGGCCGCCGCGGCCGCCGCCGCGCUCGGGCCCCAUGCCGCGCAUGUCGGCUCCUACUCUGGGCCGCCCUUCAACUCCACCCGGGACUUCCUGUUCCGCAGCCGCGGCUUCGGCGACUCGGCGCCGGGCGGCGGGCAGCAUGGGCUGUUCGGGCCGGGAGCUGGCGGCCUGCACCACGCGCACUCGGACGCGCAGGGUCACCUCCUCUUUCCUGGCCUGCCGGAGCAGCACGGGCCGCACGGCUCGCAGAAUGUGCUCAACGGGCAAAUGCGCCUCGGGCUGCCCGGCGAGGUGUUCGGGCGCUCGGAUCAGUACCGCCAGGUGGCCAGCCCGCGGACCGACCCCUACUCGGCGGCGCAGCUCCACAACCAAUACGGCCCCAUGAAUAUGAACAUGGGUAUGAACAUGGCAGCGGCCGCCGCCCAUCACCAUCACCACCACCACCACCCUGGUGCCUUUUUCCGCUACAUGCGGCAGCAGUGCAUCAAGCAGGAGCUCAUCUGCAAGUGGAUCGACCCGGAGCAGCUGAGCAACCCCAAGAAGAGCUGCAACAAGACCUUCAGCACCAUGCACGAGCUGGUGACCCACGUCUCCGUGGAGCACGUGGGCGGCCCCGAGCAGAGCAACCACGUCUGCUUCUGGGAGGAGUGUCCGCGCGAGGGCAAGCCCUUCAAGGCCAAAUACAAACUGGUCAACCACAUCCGCGUGCACACCGGCGAGAAGCCCUUCCCCUGCCCCUUCCCGGGCUGCGGCAAGGUCUUCGCGCGCUCCGAGAACCUCAAGAUCCACAAAAGGACCCACACAGGGGAGAAGCCUUUCCAGUGUGAGUUCGAGGGCUGUGACCGGCGCUUCGCCAACAGCAGCGACAGGAAGAAGCAUAUGCACGUCCACACCUCCGAUAAGCCCUAUCUGUGCAAGAUGUGCGACAAGUCCUACACGCACCCCAGCUCGCUGCGGAAACACAUGAAGGUCCAUGAGUCCUCCCCGCAGGGCUCCGAGUCCUCCCCUGCCGCCAGCUCCGGCUACGAGUCGUCCACGCCCCCGGGGCUGGUGUCCCCCAGCGCCGAGCCCCAGAGCAGCUCCAACCUCUCCCCGGCGGCGGCGGCUGCAGCGGCAGCGGCGGCAGCGGCGGCGGCAGUGUCCGCGGUGCAUCGGGGCGGAGGCUCGGGCGGCGGCGGCGGCGGCGCGGGUGGAGGCUCCGGUGGAGGUGGCGGCGGUGGGGGCGGCGGGGGCGGCGGCGGCGGCGGCUCUGGCGGGGGCGGCGGGACGGCCGGAGGCCACAGCGGCCUCUCCUCCAACUUCAAUGAAUGGUACGUGUGA